UUACAUGUAUAUAUAUAGAGUAGCGCCGCAACAGAGCCAUGCAUUACACAAAGCAGAAAAUUGAAAUGGCAGCUAUUGAGAAUGUGGAUGUGGUGAUAGUAGGAGCAGGAAUAGCAGGUUUAGCCACGGCAGUGGCACUCAAGAGAGUCGGGGUUCGAGCCUUGGUGCUUGAGAGAGCCAAAGAGCUUCGAACCACCGGUGCUGCCUUGACACUAUUUCCAAAUGCUUGGCUUGCACUUGAUGCUUUGGGGGUCUCGCACAAGCUCACUUCCGUUUACAAGCCGAUCCUAAAGAUAUUCGCGACCGAUAUUCGUACUGGAGCUGUACAGGAACUUGCAUUGACGGCAAAAAACAAAAAUGAUUUGGGGCCUCGAACAGUGCAUCGUAGUGCCUUAUUAGAGGCAUUAGCAGAGGAAUUGCCAGUCGACGCAAUCCGUUUCUCUUGCAAGAUAACUGGGAUUGAGACUCAAUCAAAACAAAACUCUUCCAUUGCUUCAAUAAUUCACAUGGAAGAUGGAACUACUAUUGAAACUAAGAUUUUAGUUGGGUGUGAUGGAGUACAUUCAAUGGUGGCUCAUUGGUUGGGACUUAGAGAGAUUGCCAAUUCAGGCAGAUCGGCUGUUCGUGGAAUAGCUGUGUACCCUGAAGGGCAUGGUCUGAAACAAGAAGUCCAACAGUGUCUAGAUGAAGGGAAGAGAGGUGGAUUUGUUCCUCUCAAUGAGAAAGAGCUUUAUUGGUUUGUCGCCUUUCAAUCUCCACAUAAUGGAGAAAUAAUGGUAGGAAAGCCAGAACUGAUACACAGUGAAGUGCUUGAGAACUAUGCCAAGAACUUCCCUCCAAUGUUCAUCGAUGUAGUUCGGCAUUCAGAUCUUUCGAGACUGUCGAUCGCUCCGCUUGUUUUCAGGUAUCCUUGGGACAUUAUAUUUGGCGAUCUAAGCAAGGGAAAUGUCACCGUAGCUGGCGACGCAAUGCACCCAAUGACACCUGACUUAGGACAAGGAGGGGGUUCAGCCCUUGAAGAUGCAGUACUACUUGGUCGCUACAUUGGCAAAGCGUUUAUCGAACACCAGAAACUUGAUUCCAAGGACAUCAAUCAAGCCAUACAAGGCUAUGUUAAUGAAAGGAGGUGGCGCGUCGCGGCUUUGGUGGCAGGGUCGUAUGUAUCCGGUUGGGCGCAACAAGGAGGGGCUGGUUGGUUGAAGAAAUUCAUCAGAGAUUCAAUUUUCUACAAAUUUCUUCUUUAUGGGAUUGCGAAGCUUCAACUCUAUGAUUGUGGGAGACUACCAACUGUUUCAUCUAAUGCUGAUGGAGUGGAGCAAAAUUCAAGUAAGAUGGACUAGAAUGUAUUCUCAGUGUCAUAUGAGAUUUUGUUUUUUUUGUUUAGCUGUGUGAUGAAAACUAAUACGUUGAUUGUUUGUGUGUGGUACUCAACAAAAAAUGUGAUAAUAAAAGAAAAUAAAUGUACCAUUUGUACCCA